AAAAAGUUAAAAAACAAUUAUCCAAUGUACUAACCGCUGAUGAAAUUCAAGACUUUUUAGGCAAAAAAGUAGAGAUGAAAGAAUUGGAAACUCAAAUAAAGAACCUCACGAUUCAAGAGCAAGAAAUAUCCGAAUAG